UUGGAGGAACAAUUAUUCUUUGUUUUGUUUUGCUCGCUCAAACGAUAAACAAUAUUCAUUACCUUUGAUUUGAUUAUUUACUUUGUUCAUCUUUGCUCUUUGGUGUACGUCGUAAUUUAAAAACAUUGUUUAUAUUUAAAGAUUGAAGAAGCAAAAAGCUCAGCUACGAAUCAGCAAUGACGGCAUUACCCAAUGAAGAACAACACUUGGAGGAAAUGGCCAGAGAUGUGCUCAGUAGCGAUGGUGGUCAUAUCACCUUCUUCGAUUUGAGCUGGGAGGAUGUUAUCAUACCCAAAAUCUUGUCAAACCUUACACUGAAAGAACUCUUUACAUUUCGAUGCUGUUCGCAGACUACGAAACGUCUUGUGGAGUUGGCCUUGGAAAAAUUGGGGGAAAUCGAUUUUGCGGGCAACAAUAGUGUCAAUAUUGAUCACACGUUUAAAGUGCUCGGUGAGAAUUGCAAACGCUUGGAAAAUCUUCAGUUGGCUCGUUGCAAUUGGAUGACAGAUGAUCUCUUACUGCCCAUUUUGGCGAGGAAUAAACAUCUCAAAAUCGUCAAUCUCAAUGAAUGCGUUAACAUCACACCACUGGCCUUACAGCCGAUAAUUAUAGAAUGCAAAGAUUUGCGAGUUCUGAAGCUGUCCAAAUGUCAGUGGUUAACUACAGGUGCCGUUGAUGCUCUGACCCUGCAUCAGAGUAACCUUGAGGAGUUUGAUAUUUCACAUUGUGCUGCCAUUGGGGAACGCUGCUUGAUAAUAUUCUUCCGGAAACUAAACAAGUUGACGGUACUAUCACUGGCUAAUACUUUAAGUGUGACCGAUCAAGUAUUGAUACAAAUUGCCAAUUAUUGUCGUGCCCUGGAACAUAUCAAUUUGGUGGGUUGUGCUGCCAUUUCAGAUUUUGGGAUACAAGCUUUAACAAAAAACUGUACACAAUUGAAAUCUUUGAUGGUCCAACGCUGUGAUUUGGUUACGGAAAGAUCUCUAUGUCCACUAAGAGGCAAGCUGCACAUUGAUCGUCCGGCCGAAAUGCAACUGCAACUCUACGAUUUUAGGCAAAACAAUAAUCAUAUUUUUCUUCAAGUUUAAAAACAGAUAUUGCAUGAAUAUUUAGUGGGUGAUUAGACGAUAAGGGAGGCUAUUAUAAAGAGAGUGUGAUUUUGUAAAUAUGCUGUUUAUCUAAGCUUGCAUGCUGCUUGUUUUUUAGUUAUAUUUUUUUCUUUAAACUAAUGUUCGAUUGGGCAUUGAUAUUUUCUUUAUUGUUUUAAUCUUAAAAAAUACAUACCUAUACAUAAAUACAAUACAAUAAGCUUACUAUCUAUAGAUAUAAACAUUCAAAAAAUGAAAUAAAAUUUUAUCUGGAAUAAUGUAA